CCAACUUACCUGCAGCUAUUUCGUCUUUAAAAAGACGGUUCUUUGCGCCUAUUGAUAUGAAGAUUUCUCACCAAGAUGAUGCAAGCGAGAGCAAUAUCCAUGGCCAUGAUGUUCUGAGGAUAAGUGAAUUGUUUGCUAAACUGUGCACUAUUCUGAAAAUUGCCCCUGUAACUCACGAGGAUGAAAAUGGCCAUUUGCCUUCUGUACUUGAAGACUAUACAAACAUUUUCAAUCCUUGCUCCACAAGUUCCCAAGACCACACUAUUGAUGAGGAUGUCUCGGUUUGGACAGACAACAGAAGAAAAGUUGACAGUAAGGAUUUGGUUUUCUUGUGGGGAUUUAGAGGUGGGAUGUUUGCCAGAACACUCAAGAAACUUCUCCAUGAUUCCCGUGAUGUGUUCUCUGAAGAAUUUGAUGUUCAACAGCUGGAUAAGAGUUACUUAGAUGUAUUUAAGGUAAGGAUGAAGAAGGGGAAGGCAUUGUCUUGCAAUCACGGUAUCCGUGGGAAGGAAGUGACUGAGAUUAUGAUUACGAGGAGCUUUUGCCUUCAUCAGAGCUUACUUCGACUGUGGAUCACUCUGACCACUCUCACCGUAGUUCACUCCGGCUGCGACGUCACUUCGGCUGCUCGGCUGGAGCUUCUGUGGAUCACUCUGACCACUCUCACCGCUGUUCACUCCGGCUGUGACAUCACUUUGGCUGCUCGACUAUUCACUUCGGUUGCUCGACAUCCUGCUCGGCUGCUCGGUGGAUGAAGACUAGAAGCGAAUGGCAAUAUUGACUCCCUUUUUACAGGCCUACAUUUUUUUAAGCUUAAUUUUUUCUUAUCUCUUUAAUGAUUUUGUAUUUAUUGUUGUGUAAACUAAACGUGCACUUCUUUGAUUGAUGAGUGUUGGAAGAGUGGCAAUCUCGAGAGCAGAAUUUACACUAUUUUUGGUUUCAUCGUUAACAAACUUUGAAAAUGAUUGACGUUGUAUAAAGUUAAAGAUUAUUUACA